AUGGGUGUAAAGCAGUUAGCAUCUAACUGGUGUAAACCUUCCCUUCACACUGGACUUAUUGCACUCUCAUCUCCUGAACUCAAUUCUCAUCUGAAGUCUGAAUCUGAUUCUUAUUGGACCUCUGAACUUAAUUCUCAUCUGAAGUCUGAAUCUAAUUUUUAUUUGAUCUCUGAACUCAAUUCUCAUCUGAAGUCUGAAUCUGAUUCUCAUUUGAUCUCUGAACUCAAUUCUCAUCUGAAGUCUGAAUCUGAUUCUUAUUGGACCUCUGAACUCAAUUCUCAUCUGAAGUCUGAAUCUGAUUCUGAUUUGAUCUCUGAACUUAAUUCUGACCUGAAGUCUGAAUCUGAUUCUUAUUGGACCUCUGAACUCAAUUCUCAUCUGAAGUCUGAAUCUGAUUCUCAUUUGAUCUCUGAACUUCAUUCUCAUCUGAAGUCUGAAUCUGAUUAUCAUUUGAACUCUAAACUUCAUUCUCAUCUGAAGUCUGAAUCUAAUUUUUAUUUGAUCUCUGAACUCAAUUCUCAUCUGAAGUCUGAAUCUAAUUUUUAUUUGAUCUCUGAACUCAAUUCUCAUCUGAAGUCUGAAUCUGAUUCUCAUUUGAUCUCUGAACUCAAUUCUCAUCUGAAGUCUGAAUUUGAUUCUCAUUUCAUCUCUGAACUUAAUUCUGACCUGAAAUCUGAAUCUAAUUCUCAUUUGAUCUCUGAACUCAAUUCUCAUCUGAAGUCUGAAUCUGAUUCUCAUUUGAUCUCUGAACUUCAUUCUCAUCUGAAGUCUGAAUCUAAUUUUUAUUUGAUCUCUGAACUCAAUUCUCAUCUGAAGUCUGAAUCUGAUUCUCAUUUGAACUCUGAAGCUAAUUCAGGGCACAGAGAGAGAAAGAGAGUUUAUGUAUUAAUAUCAUUACGGAGAGGGAGAACCUCUUGUAGUUAA